UCUGGCAAUGCAAACAGUUACCGACAUCACCCCUUGAUGCUGGAGGCUUCUUCGCAUGAACCCUGCGUGAUCAGAAACGGCUUUCUAAGCAGGCAUCGUGUCCGCAACCAUCUUGCCCGGUACCUCCUCACGUUUUCAGUAUUUACUGAAAGUUGCUGCAGGCACAGCAAGGCUGACACUAGCCGUAAUUACGUGAUCGCAGCCUUCUCAGGAUUCAUUACAUCGCACUUUGGAGGGUCGAUCUCAUUAUGAAGCGUGGCCGAGGGCGACCAAGCAAAGCUUCCCGUGCCCAGCUAAGUGCCCGCCGACAGGCGACCACCGCCUCAUCAUCAACGUCCGACGCGGAGAGCGAGCAGCCGUCUAGCGCAGCUGCAAUGGGCAACCGGGUGAAUAUGGCGGAAGAAUACGACCGGCUCGGUCCGGAAAAGACAGGGAAAAUGUCAUUCCAGGUGAAUGAGCAGGUCCUAUUGCGGGGCACGGGAAGCUCUAUCUAUUAUGCUACUAUUCAGGCGAUCCAUUUCGACAAGCGCCAGUGUGAUGUUCUAUUGGACAACGAGAAGGUCGGUACGGCGGAGUUCUCUCAGAUUUAUCACGUUUCCCAUACUCUUAUGUCGAAGGACGCCGGCCGGUCAUGCGUGGUGUGCCAUGAGAAGUCCACUCACGCUCAGAACGACAUCGUGGUGUGCGACCAGUGCAUGUAUGGUUAUCACCAAAAUUGUCACAAACCUGCCAUCUUUGGCAGGUCCAAGCAGGAGACCGUCACUUGGGUGUGUAUCUACUGCCGCACGGGCAAGGCCUGUCCAUACGUGCGUACGGCUGACAAUCCUUUCCUGCCGCCUCGCGCACGCCGCUCCUCCCUUGCGAAGUCCACCGGCUCUGCAAAUUCUGAACCGACGGAGGAGAAACGACCAGGCAAAGUGUCAGGAAAGAGAAUGAGCGCAUUGGUUGCAGUGCGCAAGAUGCAAGCCCAGGCGCGACUCAGCGCCCCACUGGGCGACGAUGAAGACGGUGGUGAGGAAGACGACAACGAUGAUGAUGAUGAUGAGGCGGAGGACGUGGACACGAUGUCUCCUGGUGACGAGGAAUUCAACGGUGAGUCGUCCGAAAGCCAGGAUGACGAUUCGUCGCCUCGACCCGCGCCGGCCAGCCGAAAGCGGCGCCGAGACUCUAUCGUCAUCUACGACAGCCCCUGUGAGUCGACUGAGGUACAUGAGUCACUCGGGAAGCGACUGCGCCAACCACGCAUCGUCCUGGAUCAGCAAAGACACUCCAGAACACGGUUGACGGAAGAAUAUACCGCGUACCAACGCAGCGGCAUCAUCCAAAACGCGUCGCAAGAAUCACUCACCAGGAAUGGUGGCACAUCGAAUACCAUAAAAAUGGAAGACUCGAGUAUGAUGACAAGUGCUGGUGUACACCGCAAGCAAAGGGCAACAGCGCAAACGGAUCCAGCCAUCGCAUACUUCAGCGAUCUCAGCUCAUCCGACGAGGGAGGAGAACCAGCCUUCAAGCAGCCCUCAGCAGAUGAUGCCGCUGUUGUUAGAACACGGAACUCAAGGCGCUCACCGUCCAUGCAAGCAAGCGCCGUAAGUGAUCCGAAAUCUCGCUCGCAAGAUCGCAAACAAUCAUUGGACGCAUACCAAACAGAGCUUGGGAGCACGACCAAACACCCAUCUGAGUCAACCCAUGUUCGUGCUGCCCGAGUUGAAGGCCAGCUUGAAGGCACAUCGCACACUGGCGAGAAGAUCAUACAACCGACUGGCGCUACCUCGACAAACAACACAAAACCCCACAGCACCACAGCAACCGCCACCACGCCAACACUUACUUCGCCUAGAAGUUCGGAUUCAUCGCCCCUGAAGCAGCCUUUAUCCUCGCCCACGGUACAUUCCCGGGGCACAGGCGAGCGCAAUGGCGUGCGCAAGCCGGGCAGAUCUGCAGCCUGUAAUGGCGGGAAGAACGACACCGUCCAGUUGUCUGAGGUGCGUCGCAAGCACCGAGAACAAUGGUUGCGAGAACGUCAGAACAAUGAGAGCGCAGGCCAAGCUGCAGUGGAGGAGAGAGUCAAAGAGCCUGUUCAGGAUAAUCCAAAACCAGCGACAAUAGCCGAGGAGAAGCCAUUGCAAAACAUGGAAACAUCUGCAUCAGGCAGUAAUAAUGAAGAUCACGGUCCAGCAAACGCCAAGGGGAAAGAGCGGCAUUCUGCUGAGCAUCACUGGCGAAGCGCUCGGUCAAGCGUCGACCCUACAGCAACCGCAGGAGAUAGUGCCCAAAAUGCUACCGUUCUAGGCAAACUGCCAAGGCCGAAGCUAUCAAAGGGAGGAAAGUACUUGCACAGCUUCAAAAAAGAUCUAAGGAACCAGAACACAGACCUGAAUGAGCUUCUCGAGUACGGCAUACAGAACCUGGCAUCGCGACGAGUUCAUGCAUUGCCGCAGAGCGGUACACCGAAACCGCCGGACAUUCCCGCGAACGAGUUGACGGCGGACGCCAACGUCGGCAAACUCUGCACGGCGUUCAACUUCAACUACGUAAGCAUUGCAAGUAAGCUGAGAUUACAGUAUCUUCGCCGCAACGGUGCCGUUGCCGGCCAAGCGAAGGGAGUGCACGCCAGAGAAACACAGUCAGCUACAGAAACGAGCCGAAACAACCAGGCACACCAGCAGCAGCAGCAGCAGCAGCAGCGGGAGCAACCACAGCAGAAGGCAGCGGUCCUGCCGACCAAGGCCAGGGAGAACACGGGCAAGUCCACUGGUACGUACCAUCCCCAAGCGUACUCCGAGGCUCAGCUGGCGGCACAGCCGACCCUGCAAUCACAAGGAGCACGCCGCCGUGAUUAUGAACAGAAAAAGGUGGGGGAAGGUGACGGCAGUCUACCAAAACAAGUCGAAGUCGGUGACAGGGUGUUCCUGCAAGUGGACGGCAGAUUUCAUCCCGUUCGGAAGCAAGAGGAUAGGCAAAAGGGGAUGCCACGUCCGUCUCGGCAUCCCAUUCACCAGCCGCAGCAGUAUCAAAAGCAGAAGCCGCAGAACGUACCCGCCUGCAUAGUCAUACCGGAUCAAGCGCCAGAAGUCCAGCGCCCUGCCGAACAAGCACCCAGGAUGAUCCCGCAGAAGGCGCAACCGGUCGCAAAACCCUACGUGUACCUUGCGAGCAGCCAGCAGGCUAUUGCUGGUGAACACAUGCCCCAAGAACACCACCGGCACAGUCAUACAGCAUACCAGCAUCGUGACCCGCAUACCGGCCGAGCUGCCGUGCGAGCAGUUCCCAGCAUUCCCGAAGACCACGGUGAGCGGCACGGGUCGAUUCCCCGCGGUGGACAACAGUACCUGGAUCCAGCGUCCUUCCCACCGCCGUGGAACGGAGAACCGCUCCACGUCGUCCGUCGGCUGCCAAACGCUAGCAAUGAGCGACGUUCCAGCCAUCCCUCUUCCAAGAAGCAACCCGUAGCAAAUUACAUUGACCCGAAGCUCACAUCGACUGCACCUCCUGUAAUCCAGCCCUCAUCGAAACGUGACCGAGUGGUCGAUUCCGGCUACCAAUAUCCGACGAGCACUGAUGGCUACAAGUACCAGGUGCAACAGGCGCAGGAGCCAUACAUCCUUCCCACUGACGACAAGCAGAGGCCAAAAGCCGAGGUCGUCCCGCCCAUUAAACGGGAGGACGCGGCCCGUGGCAGUCCACCGGGCGAUCACCCGGGCAGAGCGGCUGCCCCGAAGUACACAGGCGGAAGCUCCACGGCUCACCAGGAACCCGGAUCUCAACCUUCGGCGGCUGACGCGCGUCAUGGGAACGCAGCGACGGGGAAUGACUCCGGAAUCUGCGCAAACUGCGGCAAAUGGGCGGCGUUCACCUGUUCCACAUGCAAUAAAGUCUGGUACUGCAGCACGGAAUGUCAGCGGAUUAGCUGGAAGAAGUUUUGCACUACUUGCCACGUGAAGCGGAAGCAGACUCCUGUAAAUACAGCGACCAGAUAGCCGUUCACAGGAAUAGCGAAGACACUCUUACACCACCCAUAUCAAACGUUGCGUGCAUUGGGUUUUAAGAUUAUGCCCUCCAGAAGAUGGACUGUAUCGAGUUGAUCUAUUAUUCCGCUUUGGUUCUAUUAGUAGUACCUGUCCGGUGCUCCAUUUCCUCAUCAACUUCAUGAUUGUAGUACCCUCCCAACGUUACUAUAAUAAUUAUUAUUAUGUUCUGAUACUAUUUCCUAGAUAUUUGGCAGAGGUCUUAGGGUUGCUAUGCUGCAUAAUUUAUUUCAAUACGUAUUCCGUUUGAGCUAAGCAGCAAUGUGGUGACCAAAUUUGAAUGCAUCUGACUAGUAAAACUUGAUAGUAAGCAUCGCACAGGAUUCCACUUUUGUUGUUGCAUUAUCAUUACGUAUGUGCAGUCCUAGGGCGGUACAGGCGAACAAAUUUUACUUUGUGAAUCGCCAGAAGUGUUGUUUUCUUCGA